UGCACCUCUGAGUAUUUUACAUUUCUUUGGCCCUACACACCGGUGGCACGCCAACGGCUCCGAGCCUCUGGAUUAACACUGCUAUGGCCACUUUGGCAUUCAUCUGCCUGUUGCUUUUGGCUGGCACUCAUGCGCCACGAAACCGCCAUCUCGCCGAUGGAGCGCAUCGGAGGAUCCACAUUACCGACGAUCUGGAAGAUGUCGUCGACGACGAGGAAGAUGAUUCCUGGAGAGAAUGGGGCGUGAAGAAGACGAGUCCACCCGAAUUCGACCCGCCCCCCAUGGAUCUCAUCGGUGAUAUGGAUCCGUCUCGGAUGCAAGAGGAAAUGAUGAAGCGCCAGAUCGGACCGGUCUUCGGAUUCGCCAAGCUCCGCCUCGGCUCCCGCCGAACUCCGGAAAUGGUUACUGAAAUUGCAAUGAAAUGGUCCAAACUAGCAAGAACUGGGGCAAUUGAGGCAAAGUUCAUGGGUUUUGAUGUGAGCACAAUCAUGUUCACAAUGGAAAAAGGUCAAGACACUCUGGAGUUGAAGGAGUUCUUGUUGAGCCAACCUGAAGCAUAUGAGAUUAAAAUGGGAGACCAACUUUUUCGUAGGCCGGGUGACCCUCCAUUUGAGGAAGUAUUUGAGAAGUUCCAGCGCGAGAAAGACAAAAAAGAGUCUACUAAGGUGAAACCAGACGAGAUGCACCAAGAGCUGUAAUCACAACAAGCCAUCUCUUCUUUAUCCUCCAUUGCACUUAUAUAGUUACAUAUGGUCUACAGAUUCAGAGAGUCAAAGAACAAUGUUUGUUUAUAUUACAAUGAAACUGAUUAACGGUAACAAUGUAAAGCCACAUGCUAAUUUCUUU